AUGCGGCUCGGGUCGUGCGUCGACACUAGGAAGCAGAAGCGCAAGCUCAGCACGCUGGACGACGGGAUCAUGAGCAACAUGUGGGCAGAAGCACAAGGCGCGUCGCUGCCUACUGGUGGCGUAUCUUUCGUCCCGCCUCGCUCGCCGUCGCCGUCGCUCUUGGGCGCGAUGCGUCAUCACGGACGCGUGCUUGGACUGCUCGUUGCUCUCGUGCUCGUUGCGUUCGUGUCGCUUUCUAGCACGUUUAUAGGUGGCAACCGGAGCAGCCGUAGCGUGGACCAGCGCGACGCAGAGCGGACGCCCGAGAACUGGGGCACGAGCGAGCAGGAGUGGCCGCUGCCGGCGGUGGGGGACCGUACCCGACACAAUAUAAGGCACACCCCACCGACCCUAGCGGUACCGAUCAAGCCCGAUUCAUUUGGGGUUAUUCUCGUGGCUGACUUGGAUCAGCAGUCGAACGACAAGAGCAGUAACAAACCUCAGUUUAGGUCGUACAUCAUGCACGCGACGCUGAAGGUGACGCCCAGUAGCUCGAGUUCGUACGAGAAACGGGACACAUUUUCGGUUACGUUUGGCGACGAGACGAAGUUUACUACGAGCAUGAACGAAGCUGGACGGGGCUUUGAAUUGAGUGAACUGGCCUGGUUUAAUGGCAAAUUACUCGCGUUUGACGACCGCACGGGCAUCGUCUUUCGACUCCAGCAUUUUGAAGGAGUGAGCAAGACAAAACCUUUGCAAGCCGUUCCAGAGCACAUUGUGAUGGAAGGAGAUGGUGCUGUCGGUAAGGGACAGAAGCACGAGUGGGCCACGGUCAAGGAUGGCGAGCUGUACAUGGGUAGCAUCGGCAAGGAGUUUACGGACAAUAAUGGCAACGUUGUUGGUGACAGCAAUCUGUGGGUCGCUAUUAUGGACCACAAUGGUGACGUGCGUCAUGAAGACUGGACAGCAAACUUUGCGGCUGUGCGCUCGGUUCUGGGCUGUGACUGGCCAGGGUAUGUGGUACACGAAGCGAUCGAGUGGAGUCCUGUUCGCCGUCAGUGGUUCAUUUUGCCUCGACGUGUGAGCACACAGAUGUACAAUAGUAAAGAAGACGAGAAACGUGGCUCUAACAAGGUUGUUAUUGCAAGCGAAGAUUUUAGCAGCGUCGAGGUGCGCGAAGUCGGCCGCGUGACACCACUGCGUGGCUUCUCUUCUUUUAAGUUUAUUCCGCGAUCCGACGACUCGGUAAUUGUGGCUAUCAAGAGUGUCGAGGUGGAGGAUGAGCAGAUACAGACCUCUUUUAUCACGGUGUUUGAUUUGGAUGGAAACGUGCUUAUGGAUGAGACGGAGAUCCCGGGUGCCAAGAAGUAUGAGGGUGUCGCAUUCGCACACGACUGGUCGUAG